CCCAUAGUACGUAUAGGACUACCCCACCCAUUCUCUCAAGUUUGAACUUGAUCUAAAAGGCAUGCAAUGUUUUUUCUUUUGAAACGACGUUGAGAAAUAAAGUGGGAACUUUUGGAAUACAUGCAGCUCAUUGGUAGUGAUCUUACAUGAUGCGUUAAUUCCGCCGUGACAUUUUGUUAUCCAGGUUUAACCGUUGAUGACUUGUUGUACUAUGUGACAUAUUUGAGAUGAAUGAGAGUGUGGACAACAUUCUUGAAAUUUAUUUUUUGUCCGAGAUAAAAUUGGAGGGCGACACGGAGAUAAAGAUGGAAAUGGAAGUUGUCUAUUCUCAGGAGUUUUUGCCAACCUAUGAGACUAUACCUGAAGGGGCAUCAGUGCCCAAAGUGGAGAAGGCUGAGUUCAACGGCAAAUCUGACUCUCUGUUCUUCAAUGAUGGGGUUAGACGGAUCGACUUUGUCUUAGUCUAUGAAGAUGAGGACAUGAAGGAGAUUGACAAGAAUAGAACGUUCCAGAAACGUAAACAACGGAGAGAGUACUUUGAGGCCAGCUUGAUGAAAAUGGGGAUGGAACUAGAGGCUGCCAGAUCUGUGGUGGAUGAGAAGCUGUUGUUCGUCAAGGUGCACAUGCCCUGGGACGUGCUGUGUACCUACGCCGAGGUUCUCCACAUCAAGCUGCCCAUUCAGCCCAAUGACCUGUGCACCACUUCCUCGCCCUUCAACUUCCUCAGUUGUAUCACCAAACACUUCUACCCCAGCGAGGACCUCAUAGCGAAGGAGACGGAGUACUUCACCGCCCCAUUCGAGAAGGACAGACUGGAGUACUUCUACGUGAAGGACCGGGACCUCUUCUUCACGCCGUCCAUGAGGAGUAGAAUGGCCUACUACAUCCUCAGCCGAGCCCCCUAUGAGGUGCGAGGGAACAUCAAGAAGUUUGGUGUCACCAAGCUGCUCGAUGGGGGGGUGUACAAGGCUGCUUAUCCCCUGCAUGAUUGCAGAUUCAACGUCAGGUCGAAGGAAGAUGAGUGCCCCAAUGAGAGAUACCUCCUGUAUAACGAGUGGGCUCACCCUAAAAGUUUCUAUAAGAUGCAGCCACUUGAUCUCAUAAGAAAGUAUUAUGGGGAGAAGAUUGGCAUUUACUUUGCUUGGCUGGGCUUCUAUACAGCCAUGCUCGCCCUCGCUGCUAUUGUUGGACUUGGCUGUUUCAUUUAUGGGUACACGACUCAAGAAACAAGCACCUGGAGCAAAGAGGUGUGCGACCCUUUGAUUGGAGGAAAUAUUGUGAUGUGUCCGCAGUGUGAUAAGGAGUGCACAUACUGGAGGCUGAACAGCACCUGUGAAUCUUCUAAAAAACUGUGCAUAUUUGAUAACUAUGGGACGCUGGUGUUUGCUGUCUUUAUGGCCAUUUGGGUGACCGUGUUUCUGGAGUUCUGGAAGCGCUACCAGGCAGAACUGGAGUAUGAGUGGGACACUGUGGAGUUCCUGGAGCAGGAGGAGCAACCUCGUCCCGAGUAUGAGGCCAAGUGUAACCACGAGAGAAUCAACCCUGUCACACGGGCAAAAGAGAAAGUACCUUAUACAGCCUGUGGACGGUGUAUAAGAGUGUCUUUAGGAAUUGGGACUGUCUUAUUCUGGAUUGUGUUGAUCCUAGCAUCAGUGGUGGCCAUCAUCGUAUACCGACUGGCAGUGUUCUUCUCAUUUUCGACAAGACUCCAGUCUGACCUAAAGGAGCUCGAACCGUUUAAGGAGUAUGUGACCGCCCAAAUGGCCACCUCCGUCACUGCUUCUAUCAUCAGCUUCGUAGUAAUCAUGGUGCUCAACAUCCUGUAUGAGAGGGUUGCCAUCUGGAUCACUGACUUUGAGCUUCCAAGGACCAAGACGGAUUAUGAGAACAGUCUGACUCUGAAGAUGUUCCUGUUCCAGUUUGUCAACUACUACUCCUCCUGCUUCUACAUUGCCUUUGCCAAAGGGAAAGUGGUUGGUUACCCUGGACAACCUGUUUACCUGCUGGGCAAGUACAGGAAUGAGGAGUGUGAUCCAGGAGGAUGCCUGAUUGAGUUGACAACCCAGCUCACUGUCAUCAUGGGCGGUAAAGCCAUCUGGAAUAACAUUCAGGAGGUGUUGCUGCCGUGGAUGAAGAAUUUGAUAUUCCGCUACUGCACACGUGUGGGGUCUGAAAAGGUGAUUCCUCGCUGGGAGCAGGACUAUCAGCUGCAGCCCAUUGGGAAGCUGGGCCUCUUCUAUGAAUACCUGGAGAUGGUGAUCCAGUUUGGUUUUGUGACUCUGUUUGUGGCCUCCUUCCCCCUGGCUCCUGUCCUGGCUCUGGUCAAUAACCUCUUUGAGAUCCGGGUGGACGCCUGGAAGAUCGUCACCCAGUUCCGCCGCAUGGUUCCAGAGAAGGCCCAAGACAUCGGGGCGUGGCAACCCAUUCUCCAAGGUGUCGCCAUCUUGGCUGUGGCAUCAAAUGCCAUGAUCAUUGCCUUCACAUCAGACAUGAUCCCACGAUUGGUUUACUACUGGUCUUUCUCUGUGUAUCCCUAUGGAGACCAUUCCAGUCACACCAUGCAGGGCUACAUCAACAACACCCUCUCUGUGUUCGACAUCCAGGACUUCUCCAACAAGAGCCGGCCUUUGCAAACACCUUACUGGUUCAAUAACAGCACCACCUGCAGAUAUCGAGAUUUCAGAUACCCACCAGGACACCACAGACAAUAUGAAUACAGUAUCUACUACUGGCAUGUGAUAGCUGCCAAGAUGGCUUUCAUAAUAGUUGUAGAGCACAUUGUAUACCUGACCAAGUUCGUUCUGUCCUACGUGAUCCCGGACGUGCCUUACACAGUGAGGGAACAGAUCAAACGAGAGAAGUACUUAAGCCAGGUCAUCCUUCACGAGACCAACCUCAAACUGGUGACCAAACGCUUAAAGCCUGUCGGUGAUAAAAUACUUAAACACAAUGAGGACAAGGAGGAGGAGAUUAUGGACCUUUACUUUUAAUCUCUGAAGCUUUGUCAGAGAAGAGAGAGUCCUGCCUUUGUCAGGACCUACAAUAUUUACAAGUAUUGUUGAGCAGCUAAAUAUGUAUUCAAUACAUGUUUUAAUAACUUUAAUUAAUAUGAAUUAAUAUUAUUAGUAGCUUAAUAGCUUGGUGGGGACUAUGACUAACCAAACCAGCCAUGAAGCUCAGCUCUGUUGCUCAGAUCUCUGGAUCUAUUGCAUAUUUAACACUUUUAUGUCACUGAUUGUUACAUGUACACUGUUACAUUUAAUGUGUCUUGUAUUGUUACAAUGAUGACAUUUUUUGGAGGUCUUAACUUAGACACUUCUGGGAGGAACACAACAGUGCCUGGGUGUUACAUACAGCACAUGUAUACACUGUUACAUUUAAUGUGUCUUGUAAUGUUAACAUUCGGAUUCAAUGCCAUAUGGAAGACAAUGAAUGACAACAAUACUUUUCUUCUUUAAACAAAGCAUACA